AUGGCGCAGACUGCUUCAAUUGAAGAAGACGACCCUUGGUCGUACAAUUUCCCGUCCUCAAAUGAAAGUUUGCCCUUGGAGACGGACAGGCCGCAGCCGCUGCAAAAGAUCAACCCACAGUUGGCCCUGUUGAGGCGCGGCAGGAUGCUGGAUCAAAGCGAAAUUCACCUGAGGUUGGCGAGCAGUUUUGUCUCGAACGGUCUACAGCCGCUGGAAGUGGUUGAUCUGAACGCCAACGUGAGAUCAUCCAUAUCAUUUUCCAGCACAUUGCAGAAAUCGCCGUUGCACCCGUUGACCACAAAGGAAGACGCCAGCUCGGUGAUCUCGAGGGACUCGAACGGGGCGUCCAUCAACAACGAAAACACGCCGCGCGAGAAUGAAAACCCGCGCCUUUUGAAAAACUUGAAGGAGUACGAAUCCUCCAUCAAGUUGCAACCGGCGCCGCUGUCUGAAAAGGAGGAGGUGCCCAAAGUCGUCUCGCCCAAGAUUAUAGCUUAUCGAAAGUCCAAGCGAACCUCCAGUGAUGGCGCCGUUGAGCUGAUGGCGAUUGAACCCACAGCGUUGCCCACGACACCGCCGCCAACAAGAAAAUACGAUAGCAAGUUGUACACCGACGAAUUCUACAAGGAUUCUCAAUAUCGGUACGCCAUCAUGAAACGAAACAUUGACUUUCACCAGCUUUUUAGGUCGCUAGAUCUUACAGAUAGACUCCUCGAUGAUUUUUCGUGUGCUCUUAGCCGGGAAAUCUUGUUGCAAGGUCGAUGUUAUAUUAGCGAAAGUUAUCUAUGUUUCAACUCGAGCUUGCUUGGGUGGGUGACCAACUUGGUGGUGAAGUUUGAAAAUAUCGUCAAGAUUGAAAAAAAAUCCACCGCCGGUUUAUUUCCAAACGGGAUUGGCAUUGAAACUGAAGAGGGCCAAACGCAUACUUUUGCUACUUUUCUUUCGCGUGAUCAGACAUACGAUUUGAUGACCACCGUGUGGAAGGGCAAAACUGGCCGCGUCAAUGCCAUCUCCCCAAGCGCAAAGGAAGAAGAAGAGGAAACUAAGGAGGUGGCUAGUGGUAGCCCUACACCGGACACGUCGCCAAAGAUCCAAUCGUACAUCAUGUCAUUGGAUGGAGACGACAAAAUUGCAGAAAGUGAUGAUCUCGACGAGAGCGACGAUUCAGAUGUCCUGGAUUUCGAUGUUGACUCUGGCUUUGAUGGCGUUGAUGUCGUUGGCGCUGGAGUUGAUGGCGCUGACGGCUUGCCGAACGGCGAUAUCAAUAGAAAACUGUCAACAAAGGGCGGUCAGCGAUUAGUCACAUUGAAGCUGAGUUCCCCUUAUGUCAAUCGCGGCCCUGAUUCUCACCCUCCAACGAUUCCCAAAUAUGAGAAAUUCCCACAGGAAGUGGAAUUGGUUGAAGAAACUUUCCAAGCACCGAUGGGGGUUGUAUUUUCCAUCUUGUUUGGAUCGUGCACAAAAUUCCAAACCAGCUUUUUGGAAAGGCAUGAUGGCUCUGACAUUUCAGACUUGACCGAGUUCCACCCUGCCGCGGACGAUCCGGCGAUACUACAGAGAGAGUUUACCUACCGGCGAGCCUUGGGCUAUUCUAUUGGUCCGAAAUCCACGAGAUGCGAGAUUGUGGAAACAAUUGAGCACUUGAAUUUCGCUGACUAUGUGGUUGUCACCACAACCACCCAUACUCCCGAUGUGCCCCUGGGGGGUGUCUUUGCUGUCAAGACCCGAUAUGUCUUUUCGUGGGGUGAGAACAACACCACCAAGUUGCUUAUAAGCCACUAUGUCGAAUGGAAGGGCAAAUCGUGGAUGAAGGCUGUCAUCGAAAAGCUGUCGUUGAGCGGGUCCACCACUAUCAUGAACCAAUUGAUUCAAGAGCUCAAAGAUGAGAUUGCAGAUAAUGUCACCACUGCUGCAGGUGCUCCAACGAGAAAAAUCUCCAAAAGGAAAAAGAAGAAGGAAGCAGAGGCCCCGAAAGUGGCUACCAAGGACACGGUGGGGUUGAAGAAGUUUACAAUACCCACCGACGUGAGGUCUGUGGUCUAUGUCUUUUUCAUUCUAUUCACGAUUAUGUUUCUCAUGCAGGCGGCUGUAAUGUACCAGCUUUCAGCGAUGACGAGAGCCCUCAACCGCAUUGCGUCGAUGCCAUCAGAGCAGUAUAAAGGGAAAUCAUAA